GUAGGGGUGAGUAAGCAUAUCUGCAGUGAUGACUCAGGAUGGGCUGCGGCAGGAACCUCCCCCUGCCCCCCCGCCCCCAAAGUGAAGGUACCCAGGUGACAUUCAGCCUUUCUGGGAAUGUAUUCGUGCAGCAUUCACUCAAGGUAAGCCAACAAGCGUCUGGAAGGGCGUAUAAGUAAUAUACAGUACAGAUAGGACCCGGUACUGCAAGCAAAGUGGGGCUCCUCAGGACCAGCAGAGGCUCUGAUCUGCUGAUCACUUCCUCCUGUCACUCUAGCCAGGGAUGCAUGUAAAUUGGUGCGGUCGAGGUUUUUGUGCCUCUAGUAAGCUGGAAAAGGUGUCUAUCCAGCAACCCCCCCCUCCCCACAAGCUGGAGCUUCUGUCUCCGCCCACGCUGCCAGUUUCAGCCCCUCCUGAAAAUAUCACUGUCUUCUUUCUAUUCCACCGACGUGUGCCGUCACUCUGGCUCAUGCCAUGCUCCUAGGUCCUGUCCUUGUCACCUGAUUCAGUCUACCAUACCCACCAGAGGUUUAGCUGGAUUUAACGAAGUAUUUCUGAAGGAAACAUUAUACUUCAGAGCAGUGUCUCCCAGUCUGGUCCUCGGGGACCCACUGCCAGUCUGUGUUUUUGUUCCCUAAGAGCUCCCUGCCAGACAGUCCACAUUUUUGCUACCUUCCAGUUGCUUCCCAGCUCCCUGGACUGUCUGUGGCACCCCGAGGACUGGAUUGGGAAACACUGCUUUAGUGGAAAAGAGAUUAAUAUAUGUCUGAGGAACUCAGGACAUAGGCAGUGUCUAAAUGAUGCGGGUUAGACCUACCAGCAGGCUUCGGCUCUCCUUCACUCAUGGGCAGCAGCCCUAUGGCCUUUUAUGGCAAAGUGGCUGUUUUCUGACUAGUACUGAUUGCUCAGACUUUCGGCAGAUCUCGCUCUUCACAAAGGUCACCACACUUUUCUAAUCAUGCUUUUGUUUCAAGUUAUUCCCUGAUUAUUCUGUUUAUGCCUGAUCUAUGAUCAGGCAUCUGGCAGGAUGUUGUUAGCUUUUAUUCCCGGGUAUCUAACAGGGUCCUGUCCCUAUCUGUGGUUGGAUAUCCGGUAGGUCCUUGUCUUUGUCUUCAAUCGGGUAUCUAACAGGGUCCUGUCCCCAUCCGCGGUUGAAUAUCCGGUGUGUCCUUCUCUCUGUCUGCAAUCGGGUAUCUGAUAGGGUCCUGUCCCCAUCCAGGAUCAGGUGUGUAUCUGAUAGGGUCACUUCCCUGUCCAUGGUCAGGUAUUCGACAGGAUCCUAUUCCCAUCCCCAAUUGGGUAUCUGAUGAGAUCCCGUGCCCAUCCAAAAUCUUGUUUACAAGGGGUCCUGUGUCCCCGUCUAUGACUGGAUAUCCGAGGCGGUCGUGUCCCCGUCUAUGAUUGGAUAUCCGAGGGGGUCGUGUCCCCGUCUAUGAUUGGAUAUCCGAGGGGGUUAUGUCCCCAUCUAUGAUUGGAUGUCGGACGGGGUCGUGUCCCCAUCUAUGAUUGGAUAUCCGAGGGGGUCGUGUCCCUGUCUAUGAAUGGAUGUCGGAGGGGGUCCUGUCCCCAUCUAUGAAUGGAUAUCCGAGGGGUUCGUGUCCCCAUCUAUGAUUGGAUGUCGGAGGGGGCCGUGUCCCCAUCUAUGAUUGGAUGUCGGAGGGGUCGUGUCCCCAUCUAUGAUUGGAUGUCGGAGGGGGUCCUGUCCCUGUAUUUGAUGGCAUAUGAUGAGUAAAUUGCCUUAAGUGGUUUUAAAUUCUGUAACUUUUGUGGUAUGUUUUCUGAAAUAUCCUGAUCAGCAUACUGUAAAGGGGGUAUAUACCAGUGCCCGCCUGCUUUAGUUGUACUUUACAAUAAAUAAAUCUGUCUCAGUUCUGUCGCACAUCUUGAGGAGUUUGUGUGUUAUCAUGUUAUUCUGUGUCGGUUUAUAUUCUAUGUGGGGAAGAUGGUCUCCAAAUGAGGGCUGUCCUCUUCAUUACAUGGGUCUCGUCCUGUGUUCUGCUUACUUUUGCACCAUCUGAGCAUGUGUAUGUAGCCCUCUACACAAGGUGACCACACCCUUAUUCCUUACAGCACCCUGAAGGUAUAUGCAGUUGCUGAUCAUUGGUAAGGAGAUAUGGAUGUGCAGUGACCUACUAAGCCCACUUGGGGCAGCAUUGUAGAAUUUUGUGUGUGAGAGCGCCUUACUGCUGUCUCCGGUUUUCUGCAUUGCAGAAUUCACUCUCCUCCUGAAAGCAGGAAAACCUUAUAUAAAUAUUCCAGGAGGGAUCAUGGAUACUUUUCUUUGAAUGACCUUGGGUCCUUUUGCUGUUCUGGUGAUUUCCUGCAUCGGACAGAAGGUCUCAGGUUACUUCCUGCAAACCGACUUAAAGCACCCUUAAAGUUCCCUCCUUCCCUCUUACUUUCUAUCAUUUCUUGUCUGCUUAACUGCCUCCCUCUCUCUCUUUCUCUCUCUCUCUCUCUCUGGGCUCAGGACUGCAUGCUGCUAUAUUGAUUCUGUUUCUGCUGCCUCAGAAAAUGCAUGAGUUCUGCGUCGUAUAAGAGUGGCUGCAUCCCUCCAGGCAGAGGCACAGACUCGGCUCCCCGUAACAGCAGCACUCCCCGGCGCUGAGUGGCCAUGACUUCCAGCGGCUAUGAGCCCUUUUUCCCCUCCCUGUCGCGGAGACGCUUCCUGGACACCGGCCCCCGGGUGGCAGCACGGAGCGGCGUGAUGCUCUCUUCUCGUUGCGCCGUCCCACAGAGGGCCUCCGUGCAGCUGGGCUGGCCCGUGCCCUCCUCCGAACUGGACUUCAACCGUGCAACGCAGGUGAGCUGCGAGUUCCGGCAAGUGCGCACGCAGGAGAAGGCCCAGCUGCAGGAGCUGAACGACCGUUUUGCCGGUUUCAUUGACCAUGUGCGCGAGCUGGAGCAGCGCAACCGCAUGCUGGAGGCGGAGCUACUAGUGCUGCGGCGGCGGCACGGGGAGCCCAGUCGCCUGCGGGCACUGUAUGAGCAGGAGAGCCGCGAGCUGCGGGCGGCUGUGGAAGAGGCGCGGGCCGAGAUGCAGGCUGCCCACGGCCGGCGGGAGCGCCUGCGAAAGGAGUUGAGGAGUCUGCAAGAGCGCUAUGAGGAGGAGGCCCGGGCCAGGGAGGAGGCAGAGGGCCGGCUGCUGGAGGCACGCCGUGGCGCAGAUGAGGCUGCACUGGCUCGCACGGAGAUGGAGAAACGGGCUGACGGCCUGCUGGAUGAACUGGGCUUCCUGAAGAAGCUGCAUGAGAGCGAGAUCGCCGAGCUGCAGGUGCAGGCGCAGUACAGUGCACAGGUCAGCGUGCGUGCCGAGGCCGAGCUGGCCGGGCCCGACCUGACUGCUGCCCUGCGCAACAUCCGUGCCCAGUACGAGCGGCUGGCACAGCGCAACAUGCAUUGCGCCGAGGACUGGUUCCACAGCAAGGCGGGAGCGUUGGCAGAGAGCGCCGCCCGCCAGAGUGACGUCAUGCGCAGCGCCAGGGACGAGGCGGGAGAGUGCCGGCGCCAGGUGCAGGACCUGAUCCUGGAGAUCGACGCCUACAGGGGCAUCAACCAGGCACUGGAGAGGCAGCUGCAGGAGCUGGAGGACAAGCAGGCUAGCGAGAUCACAGCCAUGCAGGACUCUAUCAGCCAGCUGGAGGAGGAGCUGCGUGCCACCAGGGAUGAGAUGGCUCGACAUCUCCGAGAAUACCAGGACCUGCUCAACAUCAAGAUGGCUCUGGAUAUCGAGAUCGCUGCUUACAGGAAGCUGUUAGAAGGAGAGGAGACACGCUUUGGUGUGGGUGUGGUCGCCAGCCUGCCUGUGGCACCCUCAUUUACCCGCCCAAUGUUCACUCUGUCACCUGGCCUGAGCUCUGGCGCCCCCUACCUGUUCAGCACGCGUCUGCUCAGCACGUCCAUCUCCUCUGCAGAUGAGAUCAUCAGCAUUACCCGGGCGCAUCGAGCUGAAGCCAGCCUGCCCCCAGAAGAUGAGGAAAAAGAGGAGGAAGAAGAGGUAGAAACACAGGAAGAAGCAGAUGAGGAUGGAGACAAAGGGGAAGCAGGAGCUGAAGAAGAGGGAGCAGAAGAGGAGGAAAUGAAAGAGGAUGGUGGGGAUGAGGGAGAUAAAGGUGGGGAGGAAGAGGAAGACCAAGGGGAAGGAGGAACAGAGGGUGCAGAAGAAGAGGCAGGAGAAGAUGAGAAGGCUGAGGAGAAAUAUUCUGAGACAGAUGAGGUAUUAAAGAAGGAAGAGGAGGGAAAGGAUGAUGAAGAUGUGGGGGAAAAGGAAGGGAAAGAUGAGGAAGCAAAGGAGGAAGAGGAAGGAAAAGAUGAGAUGGUUGAGGAGAAAAAGGUAGGAAAGGAAGAGGAAGCAGAGGAGGAAGAGGAAGGGAAGGAUGAGAAGGGUGAGGAGAAAAUGGUAGGAAAGGAUGAGAAGGCUGAGGAGGGAAAGGAAGGAAAGGAUGAAAAGAAAAUUGCAGGGAAGAAUGAGGAAGCUGCCAAGAAACCUGAAACGGCAGUAGGUGGCGCUGAACAAAAGCUAGAGGAGAAGAAGGAAGGGAAGGUAAAGGAAGAAGAAAAGCCAAAAGAGAAGAAGAAAGAGUGAACGGCCGAGUGCGAAGUACGAAUGAAUACGAAUGAAUAUUCUCGCCAAAAAAGGCAAAUACAGCGAAACUAGAUAGAUAAACCACAUGUAAAAUCAAAAGGCGUAAAGUGAGCACAGCCACAAAGGUAUGAAUGCAGAAACAAAUAUGCCGCGAUGCAGCUAAAGCGCACAGCAUGACGCGAGAUGGUGUCAAUGAUACACAAACCUGUAAUGUUUGCAAUGUCUAAACGGCUGAUUUGCUCGGAAUAAAGUUCACCU